GUUUUAUGAUUGGUGGUUUCCAAGGGAAGUGACGUCACGAAUCGAGCAAAACAUCAUGGCUGCGCCCUGUAUUAUGAUCCCACCUUGUCUGCUUUCGAUUCACUAAAAUCUGCUGAAUUUUCAGUAUGAGGAAGGCACGCAUUGAGCUGGGGGACGUCACUCCCCACAACAUUAAGCAGCUGAAACUCCUGAAUCAAGUGGUAUUUCCUGUUAGCUAUAAUGACAAAUUUUACAAAGAUGUGCUUGAAGCCGGAGAACUAGCAAAAUUAGCAUACUACAAUGAUAUGGUCGUUGGCGGAGUGUGUUGCCGUGUAGAUGUGUUGGAUGGACAACGGCGACUGUACAUAAUGACAUUAGGCUGUUUAGCUCCAUAUCGACGGCUAGGGAUAGGCACAAAAAUGUUGGAACAUGUUCUGAACUUUGUUGAAAGAGAAGGAAACUUUAACUCAAUAUUUUUGCAUGUGCAAGUAAACAAUGAUGGUGCCCUAGAUUUCUACAAGAAGUUUGGCUUUGAAGUUGUAGAAACCAAGCAGCAUUAUUACAAAAGGAUCGAACCUGCAGAUGCCCAUGUUCUCCAGAAAACUCUCGUCAAAUCUUGAACUCUGGCUGUGAUUAAAUUUGUCUCAAAAUGGAAAGGGCAUUAAUGACGUGAUGGAGCUAGUGAAUUUGAAAAAUAAAGUAAUGCAUGACUUGAAUUCAGUUUAAAAUAGAAAAGGAAAUGCAUUCUGAUAAAUAACCAAAUACAUUAUAAAGCAAUGUCUGACCUCUGUAAAAAGUUCAUUGUGACCUUAAUGAAAAAGUGGGGUUUUGGAUAGUAAACGCACUCAUGACCACAAGCCGCAUCAUUGAAUGUUACGUAUUUAUGUAGUCACUUGUUUACUGUACUGUGAAUUGCUACCUAAAUGAAAGUGACUGUGUCAGUGAACAAAAAGUAGAUGUUUUUGAAAUUCUGAUGAAUACAUGUACAGGUUAAUUAUUAUAUUUUAAUCAAUUAGCUAAUAGUAGAAAGAACUUCCGUGACCCUGGUAAGUGCGGGAAUUGUAAAGUUUAAUUUUCUACCUGUUCUUGUUUGUUUAUUUAUCAGUACAGUUUAAUGUCAGGGACUGCAAGAAGUAUACUCACGUAAACUCCUGAGAUUUUACUGUGUACAGAAUAGAUGUGAAUUUGCAGCACAUUAUUCAUCAAAUCAUUGUAAAAUUAUGUUGUUGUAAAAUGUGUCGCCAACUGACUUAUGAUUCUCUACUAGUCUUAUUUCAAUUUUCAGUCUUGAAUUUCUCUCCUUACCCAUUUAUUGAGUAAGGUUGCAGUAGUUAUUUGCAGCUUUGAAGUUGCAUUUAUGUAGUGCAUCAUGACAGUUUUCCCAGAGAAAUGUUUUUGUCACCUAUGCAACUGGAAAUUGUGCAUUUGAAUUUCAUUAGACUAUUAACUUGUUGUUUUUAUAAGAUUGAAAUAUAUGAAAUUCAUUGACAAUA